CAAAAUGGCGGAUCGAGAUGAAAAUAGAGAAAAAAUGCAAAAUGUCGAAAUGCAUCCUUUUCGUUUUGUUGUCCAUAUAAUUGGAACUAGCAUUCAACCACUUAUUGCAAAUGAAAAUAUACAAGUUUCUGAAAAUGCUCUUGGCAUUUUAUGUUCUGAUGGUAACUUAUACAUCGAGCGAACGGAAGCAGGAAAUGUAACGGAUCGCGAAUGUGCUUUAAAGAUAAAUGAUGUUCAAAGUUUUGCAUUCUCUUGUACUGAGUCGAUGGGUGUUAGCCCCUCCUCAACAACUCUUGCUGUUGUUUCACAGCAGAACUUUGUCACGACAUACACGUUAUUGAAAGAUGAGACUUUACACAAAGAUCAUGAAUAUAGUCUCUCACAGGUACUUAAUGGCCUGCCUGAUGACACUGAACUACAAACAGUCUCUGUUUCACAUUUUACUGGCUUGGCAGUCACACUUAUAGUGAAUAGUUCAUAUUUGAUGUGUUUGACCUUAAAAGAAGGUCAUGAAGGGGCUAUUAUUUCCCUGACAUUGCCCAAAACAUGCUUCACGCCAUGUUUUGUGAGAGGAGAGACCCUGGUGGUCGUAAAUACUGACCAGUCAAAGAUUUGUUUCUAUGAUAUCCAUUCUGGAAAGGAACUUUUUUCAAUAGAUCUUACCAAAAUUGAUAUUGACUUUUCUACAAUCCAAUCCUGGUGUAGUUCAAAAUCAUUGGAUAACAUAAUAUUUGCUCAGCACACAGGGGAUUUGAUUAUUCUGGAUUUGAGCGCUUACAGUGCGAUAUUGUCACAAAGGAAGAAUGAACUCCGAGGUAGUGUGGCAUUGCAAACCUGUGAGUAUGGCGACACUCCGUGGAGGGGAAAGCUGCUUCACUUACAUGGGAAGGAUGUUAGGAGUAGAAAAAGUCCGUCAGAUGUCAACCAAAUAUCAUCUGUUUCACACAAUAUGUCUGGUAAAAAGACAGUAUCCGGGUUUUCUCAGGGAAUUCAUGCAAAGGCACAGGUUCCCAAUCCCAUUGCCACAACCUGUGUUCAAGCACCAGACUGUGUUAAGGGUUACAGCGUGGAAACCAUGUGUGUCGAUGACCACAAUGUGUCCAUUACUUACAUGUACAACGACACCCAGAUGCUCUCCAGGUGGUCAUUAAAACACCACCUAUGGCAAAAUAUCAGGUUGAGUUCUGGUGAGCACACCAUAUUGUCCAACAUUCCCAGUAUUCCCCACCUGGUGGUCACAGGGAAAGAGCUGGUCGCCAUUGUGGAUAGUGAUGCAAUGGAUCAGGAACGGCUUGUCAGCGAGUUGAUGACAUUUGGUGGAGCCCCUCUAGCAGACUCGGUCUGUCAUUUGAACAACUGGGGUCGCUGUUCACUGCCCAUACAUACUCUCGAGGUUGGCCUAAAACACAGACAGCUUGAUACAGUCACAUACUUCCUAAACAGCAAACAAAAAUAUUUCACAAGUAUCCAGUCAUUGGCUGGUCUUGAAGUCGAAAUGGAAGAUGAACUGCCACGGUUUGGAUAUUUGGAGUCUUUGAAUCAGUUGGAACCAGCUCUCAAAUUAAUGCUUGAAUCUGUAAGAAGUUCAUUGAAAGACAAAAACUCACAGACAUUUGGGAAACAGGUUCUGGAUGCAAAAAUGGAGUUUAUGUAUGAGCUGUUCUUGGAUGGUCUUGUGGUGUUAGAGGGGGCAACUGAUGAAGCACAGAGGAAGGACAUUCUUCAAGCCACAGAGAAAGUGCAGCAUCAUAUAGAAGAGAUGAGAAAAUAUGUCCGUCUGAUGGAAGAGAGUGUAAAAAUGGGCGGGAAGGAGGAUAGUGUCUCUGUAGGGAGUAGUACAAGUGCCUCACUGAUGGAGAGGAGGAUAACUCCGGGGGAUAGGGACACGGGGCUCGGGGAUAUGGACAUGACUGAUGCAGCAGAUGAAGGCUCAGAGGAAUCCUCUUCAAUGUACAGAGCCUGGGACAAGAUGGACACAAUGACAGUGAUUGAAGAUGGAAUUGUCAAAAACAAGAUGCCGGAACUCCAGCAAUACUUUCUACAGAGGGAAAACCAUGAGCUGGCGGAUUACAGUAACUUGUGUUCACAGGGACUCCAGCUUACCCUCAAGUACAUUAAAUCCCACGAUUUACAGAAGGCGAAGCAGCUCUUAACGAGAAUGGGGAUGAACGUUGUUGACCAAAUGUGGCAUAUAGCUAUGUUCACUCUUGACAUUGAUGUUUGUAUGACCAUCACAGAGUGCCUGAGUGAAGACAAAUCUCUAUCUGAAGAUCAAAUCGCCAUGGUUACAUUUCUGAAAGAAGUGAACAAACUUUAUCCAUCCAGAAACUUUCACCAGCAGCAAGAUCUCUACCCUCAUAUCAAAGACUGUGACUCACAUCAAGUUCAGAGACUUAAAUCACUAGUACAACAUGCAUCAGAGUUUGACCUGAUAAGCCCAUGUGGAGCUCUAGGGGAUGAUAAGGCAGGUGAUGAACACCGCACACCUGAAUGUUACAAUGAGAUUCUCCUAGCCUGGAUCCAGCAUUUGGAUACAAACACCAAGGAUCUCAUAAGACUUGAUGUCCAGAUGAAUAACCAAGAUGCCCCUCUUGAGAUGUUCAGCAGUGAUAUGAUUUGGGUGUAUUUGUUGUCACGGAACAUGACAGAAGUUUUGGUUGCAUGGAUUGACCAUAGUUUUAAUGUAAAGAGCAACUCCACUGAUUUUCAGUGGCCAGUAUCAAGUUUAAGACCCCUAGACUCUGGCUUUGUCAAUAAAAUUGAGUUCUGCACUUCACAAACUGGUGCUGUACUCAGGAGAGAAUUUGCAAGUCACGGAAUAUUUACUGAGGAGACUUUGGACAGUUUUCCUUUGCUUCUGAACCAACUGUCUGCGAUUGGUGGACCUUUACUGCUGCCUCACCCUCUCCAGCGAACUGGGGCGGAACACUUGAGAAACUUCCACGGGAAUAUGGUGAAACACUGCAUCCACAGGAACCUCCCCCUCUUACUAUGGAUGUACUGUUCUACACACAAAGUGCCAUUAGAAAUUGUCCAUCUUUCGUGUGAUGGUGAAAAUGUCGCCUGGUUAUCACUCUUCCUGUGUUUCUAUGCUCUGGUCUGUUCGGAUCAUCAGGAAGUGUCUCGGUGUAUGUAUGAAAGCAGCCUGGAGAAUUCAGCUGUCGUGUGGGGAGACGAGCUGUCCAGUGUUGGAGAGAUGUUGAAAGGGAACCAUCCACUACCUGCACUCGCCACUCUCAUGUACUCCCCUCACAAACUGAAUCAGGUGACAUUUGUAACUCAACAACUUGAAGCCUUUGAUGGAAUGUCUUCGGAGUCAGUUGAGCGUGUGAUACAGGCCUAUCCCAAACUGCACAUGGCGCUGUUUCCCGCCAGUGUAUCAGACGUUCCUAAAUCUGAUGUCUCCAUGUACCAUCUUCUACAAGGCAACGCCCCGUUUGAUCCGUCAAAGUUGUUUGGCUGGCAGAGCACAAAUACUGUCAUGGGGGAAGAUGCACUGAGAUUAAUGCCAUACUUUUCACGUUCUGAGCUAAUGGAAGAGAAUGGAUACAAUGAGCAUCUGCGUUACAACUAUUACCUCAAGCAAGGACGACCUUUGUUUGCAUUCAGCAACUUUUUAGCGGAGGAGUUUAAGAAUGGUGGGCAUACCCUUUCAUCGAAAAGAUUGGCAAUAGCAAUUGGAACGUCUUUAUGGAUUGGUGUGAAGUUCUUCCACAAUGCGCAAAUUGCCACAGCCUGUGUUGUGUUUCAAGAGCUUCUUGGUCACGACAGCCUCUUGCUGCGUGCAUACAUUCACAUCGGCAACGAAAUACUGCAGCAAAGACAUUUAGGUGUGACGGGUACCAUGGAACGAAGAAGAGAACAGCUGAAGAAAAAUGAACAGGAAGUUGUGGAUCUGCUGCUACAGUGUAUCGAGAGGGGUGGGCGGAGUGCCAUGGAGCUGAAGAUGGCCCUGGAAGCAGCCAUACUAGCUGGGAUCACCAGGGAUAGACUUAACCUGUGUUCAUUUGAGGCUGGUGAGAGGUGGACCCUGGCCGUCCUGCUAUGCCAGCUUCUACAGCUACCAUAUAGCACCGAGUUUCUCGACACAUGUGCAGACGCCAACCAGUGGCUGCCAUUCAUCUGGUUUGCUCAGCUGCACCAGUAUAGUAAAGAUCAGCUCUCGUCACUGCUGUACAAGUUCAAGUCCAGUCACCUGCAGGAACAUUUACGUUAUGUUCUUGUUAACGCCGACCUCCGUAGCCUGCAGUCAGAGGGGCAUAGCACAUCGUCAAAAAAACGCCAGGACGCUGGGAGGGAUAAACGCUUAAAUCUUUACUCAAAGAUAGGUGUAUUGAAACAAACUGAAUCAGACUCGGCCACGACAUCUGAUGAUGAAGAUAAUCGUGAGUUUAGAACAGACAAAGAGAUGGAUGACGGUGAAGCAGUGUCUAUGAUGUACAACAGCUGUCCUGAUGACAUAUUUGGUAUUAUUUUUGCGGCCCAGACGACAAACUGCCCAUGGAAAACACUGUUGAUGUACUCUGUUACAUUGAAAAACUGCCUCUUUGCUGAACUUGCAGCUUGCCAGCAGAGUUCAAGUAUCCUGGCGUGUUUGUGUGGAUGGCUGGUUUCAAUGAUGGACGAUGCUGAGCAUGAGCGAUUUAUCGGGAACCAUGGAAAAUGUCCGUGGCGGUACAACCUGUCCAUCCUUGACCAGCUAAUUGACGAAUAUAUUAGAUGCAAGUGCGGAUCAUUACUUGUCACUGCCUUUGAUAUAUUCCAAGAGAAUAGUCCACUGAUACCGUUUCUGCAGUUUUAUGAAGAAUUUACUGAAACACAGAACUUUUCAAAAUGCAGAUUGCUGUUGGAAGAAUUUAAAGAAGCUGUAUUUCAAUUUCGCUAUGAGCAGUCACGAUCGGUCAGCAAGCCUGUAGGUGAUUCGAAAUGGUUGGAGCGGACCUGUUUGAUUGCCGUUGUGUGAGAGUUAUUGAAUGAUGGACUUGUGUCGGAGAGUUGCAGAGGUUUACUACACUAUUUUCUGUACUUCUCACAAGACUUGGCCAUUAUCCUGACGUGCAUCAGACUGAGUUUACAAUCAGAGACGAUUGACUCCAUGAGUCCGCAGAUGCUGCAUCUAGUACGCAGUAAGCCAGAAGAAUUACAUCGACAAUCCAUCGCUGCUCCAGUCGCUCUGCUGCGAAAUUCUAGUACUAUCAGUUUGAUGAGCAACAUCCAGCCCGUGAUUGACACAGUGUCCGCGGAGAACGAGGCCAAGAUCUCGGCAAUGGAAUGUAUCAUGAACCAUUGCAAUGAUGGGAGACCAACAUGCGUUCGAGUGUUAACUGCUUUCAAAAUUGCAGCCGUUCUUGGAUGUGGGUAUGAUGAUGUAGUGACCGGAGAGGACUAUCACAUUCUGCGAUCUCUCCUCAAAACCUCCUGCCUGGCCAAGUUCAGACUGGCCACAGACUUCCUUGCCACAAGUUCACUGACUGCAGAGCAGGUGGCAGGAUUUGUAGCUGAUGCUAUUCUCCAAACAUACAGAAUAAGUUUGGGAGAUGUUAUCGCUGGUGAUAGUGAAAUGUUCUUUGACCCGUCUGACAACAUGACAGACUUCCACCAAAUUGUAAGACUGUGCAGGGAACCAUCAUUACUGGGGAAUAGAUUGGUUGAUUCUGUUGCGCUGAUGGCGGGGGACUUGGAAGAUAUGUCUGAUAAAGUGCUCACCCUUCAAACUGAGCUGUUGAUCAUGGCCCAUGAAUGCUACACGGCUGCUUGUGACAUGGAGGGCAUCUCUAACAUACUGCGAGCAGCGAGGAUGCUUACAUGGCAACUCGUCGCUGCAUCAGAAUACCAACUUAUGACCCGCCUGUUGACUGGUGUCGGUCGGUACAAUGAGAUGACGUAUAUUUUUGAUGCAUUACAACAAAGCCACCAGUUUGAACUAUUGUUGGGAAAACGCAUGGAAAAGGAGUCAAAAAUCAAGACAGCGAUACUGGAUUACCUGAAGAGAUAUCAUCCAGCAGACACGGAGACCUAUACAAUGGUUGCCCUGAAGUUCAUGAUGUACCGGGAAAUUGCACAGCUGCUAGAGGACAAUGCAAACAAAAUUCUCAACAAAUUAAAGGGACGUACCUUGGAUAACAGUGACAAUUCAGCCUUACAAAAGGUGGCCCAGUUCUUGGCAGAAGCAGCAGAGAGUUACGUCAAAGACAAUUGUCUACGCCAUGCCCAAACUUGCAUACGAAAAGCCCGUCUUGUGGCCCUGCAAAUCAAAUAUCUCUCCGCUAACCAGCAGUUUAUUAAUCUGACACGAAAAGGAGCAAAUCUGUUGAUAGCUGAUCACCCUCUAUUUACUGAGGUUUACAUUAUAUGUGAGGCUUAUCAGCAGAGGGAAAAUUGGCCCCAGGCACUUUGCAAUAAUGUCAUCAAUAGGGGCGAUAUGAAGUACCUGCAGGAGUUCAGGGCCCAUGUCAAGAUUACACCACAGCUGGUAGAGGAAGCUGUUGAAAGGUAUCAGCAGUGCACAGAGAAAUCCCCACAGGCUCCCAAUAACAUCAAGAAACUCUUACCCCUGUGCAAGGAUGUUAAAGUUCAGUAUAGAAUAGCAAAACAGCUCGGACUACGAGACGUCGUGGCUAACAUGGAAAAGGGAGAUUCCAAGAGUUAUAUAUCAGAUUUUUCAUGUUUUCGGUGAAUAUUGUUCUGACACACAUACAUUGCCAAAAUAGUAAUAUGGGAUUAACUUCAGAAGGUACUAAAACCUUCUAUAUUUGACUUUACCUUAUGGCAAAAUUAUAACAUUUUUGAUGGUCAAACAAAAAAAUGUGGACACCCAUAUCAGUAGAAUUCAUGAUAUGCUAACAAAUUCUUUGAAGUGCAAUAUAUGUAUUAAAUUAAAGUGAAACAUUUGUUAAUGUUAAAAGAUUGAAGAUAGACAGUGAAGUGUUAAACCCUGGAGGCAAUAUAGAUUGCAUUGAAUAUAGAUAAUGUGAAAGGAGUAUGUUUAGCAUAAUUUUGUUUCAUUUGUUAUGUUAUAUUUAUUGCAUAAUAGUUGAGAGUUAAAUGCAUGUAUGAUGUAUAUUAUAUUGGGCUCUUAAUACUGAGUAGAGACAACUGAUUUACAUUCCUGCAUUAUAGGAUCUUAACAUUAAGCAUCUUGCCUUUCUCCCUAUUAAAGCAAUGCUGUUCAAUUGUUAUUAAUAUUUGACUGUUGAAUUGUUUUAUAUAAAACUAAAUAUAUUUAUCAUUCCUAUCUGUCUUUUUUGAUGAUUUUACAUGCAGCAACUGAAUUUGAGCCAAUCAUGGACAAAAUUCCUGUUCCAAAGUUAGCAUAACUCAGGUUGUAUUUGACUCUGGUUAGCUGGUCAAAGGUAAAGGCAGUUUUUAAACUUUGUCUGCACAAUAACUUUGAAGAACAGUUUGACAUAGGUUCAUGUCACAAGAAUGGUUGGCCGAUGAUACAGACCAAACAACCAAAUCCUAAAAAAAUAGUAGUGAUGGCUUCUGGCCCCAAGCAAAGUUAAGGGGCCAAGAUCCUUGUUGAAGUUAUUUCCAAAAUUAAGUAUAUCCAUUUUAAUGUACUAUUGCUAAUGCAAAUGUCCAGGAAAAAACAUUACAACUGCUUGAGUCUAAAAUUAUAAGCUCUCAAUCCCGAACUAAAUCAUCCUGCCAGCAGCUGACCUAAUUUUUGAGGCCAGUAGGUCAAUAUCGACAUUCUGCAAAAAACAUUAAAAAAAUAGUUUGUCCUAGGCUCACGUUACUUCAUUUC